AGGACUAGGAUUUAUGUUUUUGUAAAGCUACUAAAGCAUAAACUUAACUUACUCACUGUCUCACAUUUCUAGAUCAAUUAACUUGGUCAGAACUCAGAAGAACUUCCAGCCUACAGCCUUACAGGCUGUGCUGCCCAUGCUAGACCUUCAGUUGUUCAGUAGAAUCUGCAAUCUCAUCAUCUCAUCAUUCUCAUUUGCACAAACCUUGAGCACUAUCACGUCAACGAGCUAGCUUGGACGAGUCUCCAGAGCUCCAUCAACAUCAAACAAAGAAAAAGAAAGAAAAAUUUUGACUGUUUUGCCUUGUGUUGGCAAAGUAUUUGCACCCAGCUAGCAUUGCUAAAAUCAAAUGCAUUAUGGUCUUGUUGGAGAUGAGAAGAAGACUUGUGGACUUUCAGUCUCAAAGAGGCAUCUUGCUACUUCUUGGCACAGCUUUUAUUCUUGGCAGCAUUGGAGCUGUCUCUGGCUCCAUUGGGUUUGCAUCACACUUGAACUCAUCAAACUUAUAUCCCUUGAAAGAUGUGCCUCAUGAAAUUACGUUCAAUAUUGCAUCUGCAAUAAUAACUUUGAUGCUCUUCAUUGGAGUCUAUUUGUCACCAUCUCUAUGUGAAGAAUCUACAAUGGUUGUCCACACUAGUCUGGUACUCUUCAUGCUGCACCUCAAUGGCUACCUCUACAGCCUUGGCCCUUCAGUUGCUGGCUUUGUGUGGGUCAUCCCUGCCGCCCUCAGCAUCAUAAUAAACAUGGGCCUCAUGGCAGUCUUUGCCAUCAUGGCUAUUCUGAACUGCAACAUUUUGCAUGGCAAUGACAGCAGUUGGCCCAAGAGUCAAUUCUUACGUUUCUUUACCUGUGACAGCCUCUUGCUGCUCUCCAGAUUGGUGCCCAGCUCAAUCUGCCUGGGCAUGUGGUUUGUGCCCUUCCCUGCUGCAGUGCAGUGCCUUGCUGACAUCAGCGUCCUCCUCAACUUCUGUGCACUCAUUGAGAACCUCAUGAGUGUCUUCUGGGGUGUGGUGCACCGCAAGAUGUUUGGCGUGGAGAACAUCGUGGUGGCAGCGCUGCUGUUCCUGACGUUCGUGGCCAUCAGAAUCGUGCCGUCGGACAACGUGAGCUGGCAGUACGCGGCGCACGGCUGGACGGUGUGGUUGUUUGUGGCCACCGCUCUGCCGCUGCUGCAUGGCAUCCUCAGCUUGCGGUUGCCGCAUCUCGUCAACGCUCCGCCCAACUUGUUCAAGCAGUUCUGGCUCGACCACGACCACCACGCCACCGUCGAGACGUCCGUCGCUACGACCACCUCGUCAGGAGAGCAGGCCAACGGCUCCUCCAUCUACAACAGACUCUUCAGGAGCGGCAGCUUCUCCUCCUUGGUGCCCGAGCACACGACGGCGGCCAGCGGUGGUGUGACCGCCGCUGUUGCUGGCCAUCGGUGGACGUUGCGGCAGUUGGCCACCAGGUGUCCUCCCUUCCUGCGGCAUACCAUCUACUCGGUGCUGGGGCUGGUGGUGGUGCUAGUGAACUACCCUGGCCUGGUGAUGAACCAUUACUCCUACCGGAAAUGGGGCCCCAUCAUCGUGCUGUGCGUGGGCGCCUGCGUGGUGUUGCGCUCGGGUCCCGCGCUCGUAACCAUGCUGUGCACCCGCAGGCCUGUGCCUGACCCCUCACCUGUGCAGGUCGCCGGAUAUGUGAUCAUCGAGUCUCUCCUGGGCGUCAUCGGGGCGCUUGGCACCUUCAUUGACGACGUUCCCAGGGACAGCGAAGACUUCGCCUACAUCUUCACAGGGAUACUCUUGCUCCUGCUGGCCGUACUCCAGUUCCUGCACGUGAACGGCUUAGUGCGUGGCAUGAAGAUCGAGGCGGCAGCCGCGACAAGCGUUUGAUCGGCAGGGAGGUGCGGCAGAAGAGUGCUGCUGCUGCAACCUUCACGUGC